UCGAGGGUGGAAAGAUCAGAACAUUACCCGCACAGAUAACAAAUGAUUUGUUGGGGAUCGCAGAUGGUUGCAAUGGAUUGGAUUACAUUUGUGACUGUAAUUAUUGUCGGGAACUCUGUUGCGUGCGCUGCUGUUGCUGUCAAUAGUACUGACCAUGUGUGCUUUCGGGAGGAAACAGUUACGGAACUGAUUCGGGUACCUGUGCAACAAGAAGUGAAAGUUCGCUCGUCCAGUUGGUGCCUCGAGAUACCGCCGAGAUGCUCUAAUUAUAAAACUGAAAUGCGGGAAGUGAUAAAAUUGCAGAACGUAACGAAGACAAAAUCCAUCGAAUAUUGCUGCGAAGGAUAUGCGGAGAUCACAUCGGGUAAUGAGACCAUUUGCAAACCUAUAUGCCGAGGAGGUUGUGGUCGAGGCGUCUGUCAUAUCCCCAACGAAUGCCAUUGCGAUCCGGGCUAUAUUGGACGACAUUGUACACAUCGAUGCCAGCAUGGACGGUGGGGUGAAGGAUGUAGGUACAUUUGUAAAUGUAGAAACGGAGCCCUGUGCGAUAAUAGGACAGGUAAAUGCCGAUGUACGGAUGGAUGGUUAGGAGAUCAAUGUGAUCAGCCAUGUUCCGAAGGAUUCUUCGGAGCGAAGUGCGAAAAUCAUUGCGAGUGCAGUUCAAAAAGAUGUGACCCAGCGACAGGAGAAUGCAUCCCCGAGGAUGGAGUACUCCCAGCUGACACACCCGAAACCAGGCAAAAAGAAACGGUACCAGCCUCUCAUCCUUCUACAAAUAGCACAUCCCUCAUCAUUGAAACGCUAAACUCGUCAAUCGCCAAUCUCACCGAAAAUAUUGACAAACUAGCAAAGAAUCUGAACCAUUCCAGCACAAUAGCUCCCGUGACUGUCAUUGUCCCAAAUGCUUUAAUGGAAGUGACAACAAUUAAAACUGUUCAUGAAGUCAUCGUAAUUAAACCAAACGACGCCAUGGCUGGAGCUACUAUAGUGGUCCCUGUAGACCAUGAGAGGCAAGGAACAUCCUUUGUUGAUAGGCACAAUCCAAUGAUCCGGAAAACAGGCAAUUCGGAUAUCAUACAUGUGACUGGCAAUUGGCAUCAACAUCAUUUAACGAAUUAUCCAACAGGAAAUAAUACAAAAGACGUGAACUCGUAUGGGGCUGAGAUGGAUUCCAAGGAAGCAACCUACAGAGUUAAUUCGGAUAGCGGCGUAAAUGCUGUUCUGGUGGUUAUUGCUAUAUUUUCAAUGGCCAUUCUUGCAUGUAGUGUUGGAUUUUUGGUGCUUUAUCGAAGACGUUUGAAGAAAAUGCAGAGUCAAACUCACAAUGGAGGAGCUGAUGGAAAUGGAGGAAUGACGAAGGACGAGGUGCUAGCAAAACCGCUCCCAGAUCUACCUGCAUUUACGCAGAACUUAACGAGGCAAAGUUACGUUCCCGAAUUUUACGAUCGACCUUCGAAUAAUAAGGCUGUAAAAACGAGUCCCAAUGAAAGUAAGUACAGUGGCGUGAGCUCAGAUUACUCUGUCCACAAUAUGUCGAAACCAUACACCCGGAAAGGAAGUGUGGAGCAUUUAUACGAUGAAAUAAAGUACAGCACGAAAUCGGAGUGUUCAAGGGUGUGAUAUUGCAAGGGCAGUUCUACACAACUUGUCUGAUUAUUUAUUAUGUAAGGAUACAGUUUUAUUUUUCCUAUGAAUUAGUUAAGACAAUUUUUAUAA